GUAGCUUCCCUGCCGCCAUUGGAGUACUCCAGAACCGCGAGAACUUCUCGUGCUUCUCUGAGUCCCAACAACAAUGGACAAGAACCCGAGCUCCGCCUCGGAUGACGUCACUGUGUUCCUAGACACGAGCCUUGACACCCACUUGGCCAUCACCGUCUCCGGCAACGACACCGUUUCCGACCUCAAAAGAAAAUUGGAAAAUGAGCAUCCGUUGAGCUUCGAAGAAAUCAAAAUUCGAGCUUUGAAGGUGGACCGGAGGGGAACCUUGUAUCACCUCUCGGAUUCAAUGCGUGUUAAAUGUGCUGUCAGUGGCGUCGACAGGGAGUGUUUUCUUUUUGCUGAUGCUUCUAUUAUAGAGAAGAGGGGUGAAAUUCAGCAUGGUUCCCGCAAUUUUGGUUCUCGAAUUUGUGAUAAUCCUUUGGUUAGUGGGGCUGAUCGUCCUUUUGAUGUUCUUAGCAAAAGGUUGUUCAGUGUUGAUGAUUCGGUACCAUUGCUACUAGAGGGCAAGAAGAAUAAUAUUGUAGACCAGAAUGGUUCAGUGGAUUCUGGUACAGAAACUUUAAAAGAUUUGGAGAUGGGAAUCAAGCAUUCUGAUGAUGAUCAUUGCAAAACUUCAUUUGAUGAGUCAAUCAAUGGGCUAGAACCUAAAACACAGGCGGAUCGCAGCCGAUGUAGUGAGGGGUUUAGAGUUCCCACAGCACAAGAACACAAUGAAGAUACCUCAAAGGAAGAAAUAAGUGAGGCCAAAAGCAGCGCAUCUUUGGGAAAAGCUUCACCUUCUUCAAAGAAUAGACAACAGAAGGCUAAGCAAAAAAGUGAAGAGACAGCACAUCUGAAAGAAAAUGACACUCCAGUUUAUGGAUUCAAUGAAGAACAGUCGCGGAUAGAUAUUGUACCUCCAGAAGACUCAUUAGGAAAUGAGGGUGGAGAUGUUCCCUGUGAUACGGUGGUAGUAAACAGAACUACUACAGAAGAACCUCCCAGGGCUUCAGCUUCUAAUAUGGAUAACAGGUCAGAUUCUGGACUUCAUAGGAACAAUGAUACAUACAAAGAAACUGAAGUUUCAGGAAAACACACUGACAUUAGAUUGGAUACAUUUAUGCACUGCAAUACAGCAGUAGAAGAUGCUUCACAAUCUCAGACUGUUUCAAAGAAAAAGCGCAAGUUUGAAAACAUAACUGAUCUUGAAGAUUCGUUGAAAGAAAACAAUGUCUUGAUUUGUGAUUCUAAUAAAGAGGCUUCCCAACAAGAUGCUUCUCAAUCUUGGACUGCUUCAAAGAAAAGGCGCAAGUUUGAAAAAGUAACUGAUCUUGAAGAUUUGAUCAAAGAAAACAAUGUCUUGAUUUGUGAUUCUAAUAAAGAGGCUUCCCAACCAGAAAUUACAUCUGAACUCUCUGCAGGGAAAACUGCAAGUACUACCUUAGAUGGUUCACUUGCUGAAACCACAGAUUUGUUGACAAACAGUUCCAGGGGAAAGAAGAACAAAAAGAAAAAGAAAGCAUCGAAUCCUCUGCACCAAGUAGUUGAUGCAGCUCCUUCUGGAAACGGUGAUAUGGAAGAGAGAUCUAUGGUUGCUUCUGCAGGAAUUAAUAAUAAAAAUUCAAGUGGAGAAGAUGUAGCACCUAUCAGUAGACUAGGUCCGAAGGAAGAUAACUGCGCUUCUAUCCGAGAGUUGCAGGAAAAUCGUAAAGCACCCUCUUCACUUGAUUUUAAUAAAGCUACUGAAGAAAAACCAGAAGGUCAUCCUCCCCUUGUUGUCAAAGCUCCUAGUGAAAAUGGAACAAGUUCAGCUGAAAGAGUUCGAGAGAAGAGAGAACCAUCACAGACAAAUGACUCGGAAGCAAUGCUGUCUGAAAGCCAGGGUAAAACAGAUGGGAACAAUGCAAAACUAAUUGUGACAUCUGAAUUAUUGGAUACUAAUGAACCUGUCACCCCUAGUAAGAAGAAAAGGAAGAAAAGGAAGACCAAGGAUUCCGUCGGUGCAGAACACAUUGUAGAUUCUCAGUGUGAUAUUUCAUUGGCUGAACCUCAUGAAGAUGUACAUGGUCAACAGGAUAGUGAUAAAGCUAAGAACGAGGAGAGUAAUUUUUCUCAGAAAAAUGGGAAAGACGUAUCAGAAAAGGAUACAGAGAGUUGCCAUUUAGUUAUGGAACCUGUCACCCCUAGUAAGAAGAAAAAGAAGAAAAGGAAGACCAAGGAUUCCACCGGUGCAGAACACAUUGUAGAUUCUCAGUGUGAUAUUUCAUUGGCUGAACCUCAUGAAGCUGUACAUGGUGAACAGGACAGUGAUAAAGCUAAGAACGAGGAGAGUAAUUUUUCUCAGAAAAAUGGGAAAGACAUAUCAGAAAAGGAUACAAAGAGUUGCCAUUUAGUUAUGGAAGCUGAUAAGUGUGAUGGCAAUGAGGUUGAAACGUCACAGCAAGUUGGCAAAACUCCAGCAAAUGCAGAGAGUACGAAAAAGAAAUCGAAGAGGAAACAUGAUGCCAUGACAAAAGAUCUCCAGAAGUUGGAAGCAGAAGAGAAGAGUGCUAGUCACCAGGAUCCUGCUCUAACAACUGAUAAUAGAACUGAGGCAGUAGCCAGCAAAAGAAAGAAAAGUAAGCUGGCAAAAACAACUCUGAUCGAUCAGUCAAAUGCAAAAUGUCUGGAAUCUGGUAGCGAGUAUGGAGUUCAAAUUGGUAGUCUCCAUGCUUGCUCAAAUUUCAUGUCUGAGUCUACUAAACUUCCUUCCCAUGCACAAGAACACAUUGCUGGGAUGUCUCUCAAACCUAAUCUUUCUGGCAACCAUGAGGAGGUUUCUUGUGAAGGAGAAGAGAUUAACUUUCAUAAAUAUAUGGUGCCUAGCCAAAGCAAGAAUGAAGUUGUUGCUUCUGGUGAAGUACAUGCUGAAGAGGUGACGAAAUCAAAAAAAGCGGAUAACAAGCAGAAGCCUAAAAAGAACCGCAAAGCGGUUGAUUCAAGUGGCUGCUCAUGGGAUCUGCAAAGUCCACUCAAGUCGCAUGAUAACCAAGGGAUUGGUGAAAAGUCUGAAGCUAGCAAAUCUAGCUCCAUACAACCGCAUGGAUCAAUAUCUAAUGUUGAUGGUGUUGUGCCUCAGCCCGAGGAAAUUGUUCCCAAGAAAACUGGGACUAAAGCCCAAUCAUCUGAUGCAUCUGGUAAAAUAAAUUCCAUUCCCAAGGUAGCUGGAAAGCGCAGUCUUGCCAAUGGUUCUGGGGCCAAUAGUAUUACCGAGAAAAAGAAUGAAGCUGUUGCUAUAUCAAGUUCUAAGACGGAAAAAUCAAACAAUAAAGACCAAAAGAAACCAGUUAAGAAGCACCAAUCAGGUGUGAGUCAGAAUGUUGUGGCCAGUGGAAAAGCUUCUGGUAAUGAUGAUGGGGAAGUGUUGAAUAGCUCAAAAGGCAAGAAGAGCUCAGCGACACCGUUGGCCCCUGAGUACAGGAAUAAAAGUUCUGAAGGCAAAGAUGGAUUUGUUGAUUCGGGUGCCAGCACCACCUCGUCUGAUUACUCAUUGUCCUCUGAAUCUGACUACUCAGAUGGUGAAAGCAAUGCAGGAUCUUGUGCCUCAUCAGGGAAGAAGAAUACAGGGACAAGCGGUUAUUCUAGCAUAAAGGGUAAACUGACAAGAAGGCUAAAAAACGAUGAGAUUUUUCUAAAUUCAAGCGUCUACAAGAAGGCCAAACUUGCCGCAUCUCAAUCACAACUCGAAGAAGACAGCCAGGCUCCUGAAUUUGUUCCAGACAGUCAGCCUGCCUUCUAGUUAUUUGGCUAAAAUUUCCAAUGAAGUUUUGUGAGAUUUUCUCUUUCGAUGAGAGUUUGUAGGGCACUUGAUAGGAGGACAUCACGAGGUGUUCCUUUUUGUCCAAGAAUCUUCUAUAGUUUGUUUCAUGGUUCAGGCAACUAGAAUCUAUCAGUGUCCCCCAUUUUCCGCUUGGUUUUAAUGUGUUAUGUUAUUAGCCAACAAAAUCAUGCAUUUUGCCCAUUAAAAUUGGAUCCCAGUUUUGUAAUCCAUAGGUUGUUUUGAUUC